CGGACAGGAUUUUUGAUGUUCGCGAUUGUGUAUUUUUGUGUAUGUUGUGUUUUAUACGCAAAUUUUUCGGGGGAAAAUUGUGAGUGCUAUUUUCUAAGCUAAAUUCUGAUGUAUUUCCGGCGGAAAUGUGUGUUUUCGGUAGCCUGAGUCGAGUGAAAUACGGAAAACUAGUGCAAUAGCGGAUUUAACGAAGGCCAAGCCACACAAAUCGGGGUUGAAAAUUGCGUGCUUUCCCCCGCGAACAGAAAUCACAACUCCAUCUCGCUCUAUCCCAUCGUCGCAAGCGGUGACCAAAAAACUCCACCGAAAGCGUCCCCUCACCAGCACCGCUUAGCGUAUGCUUCCAGGCCAUGCAUGCGCUAAGGUGUAAUGAUUCGGCAUCGACUACGACUGCUGCUGUCAGUGCUGCCAGUGCCGCAACGUCACAGCUGGCAGGAACAUCCUCUUCCUCUAGCUCAUCCUCCUCCUCUUCCACUUCUAAUUCGGACACGCUAACGUCCAGUAGUAUUGGCGUGGGUGCGGGUGUUGGUGAUAGCAGUAGUAGUUCCUCAUCCGUUUUGCCACCCCAUCCGCUCCAGCAUCAACAGCAUUCGCAGCAACAGCAGCACCAACAUUCGGCACCACCACAACCUCCCAAAGGGGGCGGCCCGGUGCGGUUAAACGGCAUCAAGGGUUACCAGAACCGUACCAACCAUAUCAUCUACUGUCCGCCGCUGCUACGCUCCAAGGAUGAAUGUGCGGCCGUCGUCUACUUCGGGGGAGAUGUGCAGGACAUCCCGGAGAAGAUGGAAACCAACCGGGACAACAAGAACUACAUCAAGUGGAACCUGGAGAACACGGCAUUGUUGCUGCGGGAUUCCUUCCCGCGAUCGCACAUCGUUGUGGUACGGCCGAUGCGAAUGGAGUACAGCACCUUCAGCUGUUUCGACAAUUUCGUGCGCGGUAACAAUGCCGGUAUUCCCGAUCACACUCCCAUGCACUACUCGUUACAGCACCUGGAAGAAUUGUUGAUCAAUUUGACGAAAAAAUUAACGAAACCGGUGCUUGAACCUGAGCUGAUGCAGAAGCUAGUCGCCGCAACGAAUUCUCCCUUGUGCCCAACCACCGGGAAUCCGCACACGGACCUCGAUGUGUUGCAGGGCGAUGGACACAACCACGCGUCUUCAGCGGGUACCGGUACUAGUUCGGAAUGCGAUACGGACGAUAACCACGCGGCGGCCAACGCUGGCAGCUCGUCACCAUCGACAUCUUCCGGCAGCUGUAGCGCCAGUAACAACGACGACAUCAACGAACUGCUGUGGUGGCGCGAAAGUCUCAACCUGGACAAAGCCAACAUCGCCCUGAUGGGAUUCAGCAAAGGGUGCGUGGUGUUGAACCAGUUCAUCUACGAGUUCCAUUACUACAAAACGUUGACUCCGGACGACAGCACCAUGAUGCGGCUGGUGUCUCGGAUAAAGGACAUGUAUUGGCUGGACGGGGGUCAUGGCGGGGGCAAAAAUACCUGGAUCACUUCCAGAAGCUUGCUGGAAACGCUCUGCCGGUUGGGUAUCAACAUUCACGUGCACGUUACACCAUAUCAAAUCCAGGACGACCAUCGACCCUGGAUACGGAAAGAGGAGAAAGCGUUUACGGAUUUGUUGAAGCGCCUGGGGUCACCUUUCGACCGUCAUCUGUACCCGAGUGAGGCCAAUUCGACGAACCUGUUCACCCACUUUGAGGUGCUGAACCGUUUCCGGCAAUACCAGAUCAAUGUUUUUGCGCAGCAACAUUUGCAGCAGCAGCAACAAUUGACCGCCACCAAUUUGUCUACGACUACGAGUACGGAUGAUGACGUGCAACAGGCCUUCGACGAUGCACAGAAAACGAUCGAGAGCGAUACAACGGACGUGGAAGAUGAUAAACAAUCGAUUGAAGAUGAUGAAGUCGAGGACGACGAAGAGAAUGGUCCCAAGUGAUCUAAGGUUUCCUCCAGGAGUACCGGGGAUUAACUGCGUCAGGAUUAAAUUUCGUUUUCGAUUUCGAAAAAAGUUUUGAGCUGACAAACCUCAGCAAAAAAUAUUUCAUCAAAAUUGUUUUUAAAAAAAUAUUACCAACCCGGUCCAUUUUUGGUUAAAAAUUGUAAAAUCAUCACGAAAGCCUACGGCAAAUCCAGACUGAGUUCAACUUCUUAUGGCAUACCGUAGGCCAAUUUUUUUUAAAACAAAAACUUGCUAGCUCUAGCGUCCUUGGCAUGCAAAUCACCUGGCGCUAACGCACACAUUUGGCUGGUAGUGUGAAUGUUCAUCGAUCAGUCAAAGUUUAGUCUAAACCCGGUUUGAUUAUUACAAGGAAAAAAAAGUUCAUAGUAUUCCAUUUCCAUAUAGAUACCCUCCCUUUUAUAUCCCAUCAGAGUAUGUACAGAGUUUAUUUUUCUCGCUUGAACCACAACCGCUAGAAUUAUAUGGUUCUGUCGAUUUUCAAAACUGUUUUUCGGUUCCCAUUUAUCCUAUUAAUCUCAAUAAUGGUUGUGAAUUUAAAGGUUGAAGCAAUCACAAUUUCUCUUUACAUUUAGAUGUUUUGGGGAGAAAAAUCUAUUCUUUAUAGCCCUUAAAUUGCACAGUAAAAAUUUUAACCCUAACGUUUAGAUCUCCGUCGUCGUGUUUAGACGAUCGACCUCAAAAUUUAUUUAAACUUAAUCCCCGUUAAAAAAAAAAACUCGUCCGGAUCAUAGUUCUAAGCGCAAACGCGGUUUACAAGCGCAGCGAAACAUCAUGCCAUUUUGUUUCUUCGCAUUAGUUCUAGGCAGAGAAAUCGCGAUAAUCGUAUAAUAAAUCAGAUUUUUUAGUUUUUAUUUGUGUACUGCUACUAGGAUUUGGGACUACUCUACGGAAUGAAAUUAAAAAACAAAAGGAAAGCAAAUAAUAUAACCUCCAGAGGAUGAGAGAUAGAGAGGGUAUUCCAAGCAGCUAGCUAUCCGUGUUUUGUUCGGAUACGGCCGGAGCAAUUCAAGAGAGGGUUUAUUUGUGGUUCUAGAUUUGUAAGCUAAACUACCUGUGUGAAAAUAAUAUGACAGGCAAAGUAUUUCGGAGAUGUUUGGAGUGAAAGCCAUGGUGCAAAAAAAAACGAAAGAAAAUGUUUAGAACGAGAUGAAAGUUUAGGUCCAGUGUCAAACUUUUGAGAUCACAAAACAAAUGUAUUUUUGGCUAACUUUACAGGAAAAUUAAAGCUCGAAGGCAAAAGAUUGUAGGUAGUUGCAACAAGAGAUAUUGCUGGUUUCAAACUGAUAAAUUCUAAAGAUCUUUAUAGUUUUUAAACGCAAGCAAACGCAUCUUUUUCUUGAAUUUUGUCUAGCUUUUUUGGCGAACGAUUGGUAGCGACGACGAAGAAGCGUUUGGAUUUUUCGGAAGCAAAAACAGCAAUGAAAAAAGUCAGAUUUUGAAUCUAGAGAUACAACACAACACAUUCAGCUAAGGAAAAAAAAUCUUUAAAAUAGAAACCGGAAAAAAUGUAGAAGUGAAAAUUUCAGAUGCAUUAAAUAUAUCGGAACGAAUUUUCAUGUUUGAGUCAAACAA